GCCAUGAUCAAGUCGAGACAAGAAAAAUUAAAAAUAGUAAAAGAAAAAGAAAGCCCAUUAGGGCUUGACUGGAGCGUUGGUAGGGGAAUCGGGUGCAAUACCCCCGAGUGAGAGUGUGAGAGAGAUAGAGACAGAGAUAGUCAGAAUCAGCAAUUCCGUUAAGUUCGCGGUCUCUCCGUCGCGGAGAUCCAUCUUCGAUUUCCUCCUAAAAUCCCGCUUUUGAGGGAGCUAGAGAGAGAGAGAGAGAGAGAGAAAUUCAGGGUUUUUUUUUUUGAACGUUGGGAUCGGAGGGCUCAAAAUGGUUUUUUAUUAAAAAUUGGAGGGAUUUUGGGUUUCGCGGGUUCUUUUUUUCCCAACUCUGAAUUUUCUUAAAAAAAAAAAAGAUUCUUUUUGUGGUGGAUUUGGUUUGAUUUUGCAUGCAAUCCGGUGGUGGAGGUGGCGGUGGGCCCAGCCGGAUGGGCCCGGCAGGGCGGGCGGCAUCAACUUCAUCUGCUGCGUCACCGUCCUCGUCCUCUUCGGCCGUGUCCACACCGCACUUGGGGUUCGAUUCGAUGCAGCAGCAGAUAGGGUCCAGGCAGUCAUUACAACAACAGUUGCAUAGAAAAACUGAAGGCAAUGAAGCCCUUCUAGCAUAUCGAGCUAGUCUCCAAGGAGUUAUGGCAGGGAACAAUUUCAAUUCAUCUCCUGGUUCUAUGCAGCUGCCUCAACAGUCUAGGAAACUCAUUGAGUUGACUCAACAGCAUGGUUCCUCUCAUGAGGGCCCACAUAGGGGUCAAGCUGUUGAGCCACAAGUGCCAAAUCCAGUCCAUCAAGCUUAUCUUCAGUAUGCUUUCCAGGCUGCUCAACAAAAGUCGGCGCUGGCCUUGCAGUCACAGCAGCAUGCUAAGAUGGGAAUAUUGGGCCCUCCAUCUGGGAAGGACCAGGGCAUGCGAAUGGGGAAUCCUAAAAUGCAGGAUCUCAUUUCCAUGCAGGCGCAUACUCAGGCUCAGGUGUCGACAUCAAAAAACUCAUCUGAACAAUUUGGUCGUGGUGAAAAGCAGAUGGAUCAAGGACAACAAUCAGCCUCUGAGCAGGGGACUGAGCCAAAGCCUUCAACCCAGGCAACAGGUACUGGGCAUUUAAUACCCGGAAAUAUGGUGAGGCCUUUGCAAGCAUCACAAGCUCAGCAGAAUAUCCAAAACAUGGCAAACAACCAGCUCGCGAUGUCUGCCCAGUUGCAGGCAAUGCAUUCAUGGGCACUUGAGCGUAAUAUUGAUCUCUCACUGCCUGCAAAUGCCAACUUGAUGGCGCAGCUCAUUCCAAUGAUACAAUCUAGGAUGGUUACACAGCAAAAACCAAAUGAAAGUAACAUGGGUGCACAGUCAACAUCUGUUCUGGUGUCAAAACAGCAGGUCACCUCUCCACUAGUUGCCAAUGAGAGUUCUCCCCAUGCUAAUUCAUCAAGUGAUUUAUCUGGUCAGUCUGGAUCUGCAAAGGCUAGGCAGACUGCUUCUCCCAGCCCUUUUGGUUCAACGUCAAAUGCUGGCAUUGUCAAACAUGCUAACAACACUGCAUUGCAGCAGUUUUCUACUCAUGGCAGAGAGAAUCAGGUCCCUUCUAGACAGCCUGCUGUGAUUGGUAAUGGAAUGCCUCCAAUGCAUCCCCCCCAGUCAUCUCCCAACAUGAGCCAGGGCGUUGAUCAUUCUAGUGUGAAAAAUUCAAUAAGUAGCCCUGAAGCACUCCAGAUGCAGUACCUCAGGCAAUCAAAUCAAACUUCUCCACAAGCUGUAGUUCCUACUAAUGAUGGGGCCUCUAACAACAAUAUCGUUUCACAAGGUGGAUCGACUAUUCAGACACCUCAGCAGCGCUUUGGAUUCACCAAGCAGCAAUUGCAUGUUCUUAAAGCACAAAUCCUAGCAUUUAGACGGCUAAAGAAAGGAGACCCUGGUCUCCCCCAAGAACUUCUUCGGGCGAUUGCUCCACCACCCCUUGAUCUUCAGCUGCAGCAGAAACUGCCCCCCAUGGGAGGAAAUAAUCAGGAUAAAUCUGAUGGGAAUAUUGUGGCUGACUAUCCGAGGCAUAUGGAGUCCAAUGAGAAAACUGCACAUGCUGUCGUGUCAAUUAAUGGACAAAGUUUCCUAACAGAGGAAGCUUUUGCGGGAGAAGAGAAAGCAACCGUCACCACAGCUCAUAUGCAAGGUGUGCCAGUUGUAAUGAAGGAUCCUCCACCAGUAGUGUCUGCUGGAAAAGAUGAGCAGCAAUCCACUGUACAGUCUGUUAAGUCAGACCAGGAUGUUGAACAUGGUAUUCAUAGGCCUCCAGUUAGAAGUGAUUUUCCAGCAGAUAGGGGAAAGUCUAUUGCACCACAGGGAGCUGUAUCUGAUGCAGCGCAAGUUAAGAAACCUGCACAACCGAGCACUGCUCCUCAACCAAAAGACAUUGGAUCCACCAGAAAGUAUCAUGGACCCCUAUUUGAUUUCCCCUUUUUCACCAGGAAACAUGACUCCUUUGGAUCGGCCAUGAUGGUUAAUAACAAUAAUCAUCUAACAUUGGCAUAUGAUGUCAAAGACCUUCUCUUUGAGGAAGGCAUGGAAGUGCUUACCAAGAAAAGAUCCGAAAAUUUAAGAAAGAUUGGUGGUCUACUGGCAGUAAACUUAGAGAGGAAAAGGAUUAGGCCGGAUCUUGUCUUGAGGUUGCAAAUUGAAGAGAAAAAGCUUCGACUUUUAGAUCUACAGGCCCGGUUAAGGGAUGAAAUUGAUCAACAGCAACAGGAGAUAAUGGCAAUGCCCGACAGGCCAUAUAGGAAGUUUGUCCGACUGUGUGAGCGUCAGCGUAUGGAACUCACCAGACAAGUACAGGCCUCUCAGAAAGCUGUGAGAGAGAAGCAACUGAAAUCCACCUUCCAGUGGCGUAAGAAGCUUCUUGAGACUCACUGGGCCAUCCGUGAUGCACGGACUGCACGUAAUAGGGGAGUUGCCAAAUAUCACGAGAGAAUGUUGAGGGAGUUUUCAAAAAGAAAGGAUGAUGAUAGGAAUAAGAGGAUGGAGGCAUUGAAGAAUAAUGACGUCGAAAGAUAUAGGGAGAUGUUGCUGGAGCAGCAGACAAGCAUCCCAGGUGAGGCCGCAGAGAGAUAUGCUGUUCUCUCAUCGUUCUUGACUCAGACAGAAGAAUAUCUACAUAAACUGGGAAAUAAAAUAACUGCUGCCAAAAAUCAACAGGAGGUGGAGGAGGCAGCAAAUGCUGCUGCAGUAGCUGCACGAUUGCAGGGUCUCUCCGAAGAAGAGGUUAGGGCAGCUGCAGCAUGUGCUGGGGAGGAAGUAAUGAUAAGAAAUCAGUUCAUGGAAAUGAAUGCACCUAAGGAUAGUUCAUCUGUUAGCAAGUACUAUACUCUUGCCCAUGCUGUGAAUGAAAGGGUCGUGAGGCAACCCUCAAUGCUUCGUACUGGAACCUUAAGAGACUAUCAACUUGUUGGGUUGCAAUGGAUGCUAUCUUUAUAUAACAAUAAAUUAAAUGGAAUCUUGGCAGAUGAGAUGGGUCUUGGGAAGACUGUACAGGUAAUGGCAUUGAUAGCUUACUUGAUGGAGUUCAAAGGGAACUAUGGCCCACAUCUCAUAAUAGUUCCAAAUGCUGUUCUGGUAAACUGGAAGAGCGAGCUCCAUAGUUGGCUGCCAUCUGUGUCAUGCAUUUAUUAUGUUGGUGGGAAGGAUCAACGAUCAAAAUUAUUUUCUCAAGAGGUUUCUGCUCUGAAAUUUAAUAUCCUUGUGACAACAUAUGAGUUCAUAAUGUAUGAUCGUUCAAAACUUUCAAAAAUUGACUGGAAGUAUAUCAUAAUUGAUGAAGCACAACGAAUGAAGGAUAGGGAGUCGGUUUUAGCACGUGAUCUUGAUAGAUAUCGCUGCCAGAGGCGCCUGCUACUGACUGGGACACCGUUACAGAAUGAUUUGAAGGAACUCUGGUCACUCUUGAAUCUACUUCUUCCAGAAGUCUUUGAUAAUCGGAAAGCAUUUCAUGAUUGGUUCUCAAAACCCUUUCAGAAGGAAGGUCCUACGCAGAAUGCAGAGGAUGACUGGCUGGAGACUGAAAAAAAGGUUAUCAUCAUCCACCGACUUCAUCAAAUUCUAGAGCCCUUUAUGCUUAGGCGUCGUGUUGAAGAUGUGGAAGGCUCACUUCCGCCUAAGGUUUCCAUAGUUUUAAGAUGCAGGAUGUCAGCUAUUCAGAGUGCCAUUUAUGAUUGGAUCAAAUCCACUGGUACUCUUCACGUUGAUCCUGAAGAUGAAAAGCGCAGGGUUCAAAAAAACCCAAAUUACCAGGCUAAGGUGUAUAGAACUCUAAAUAACAGAUGUAUGGAGCUUCGUAAAGCCUGCAAUCAUCCUUUGCUCAAUUACCCAUAUUUCAAUGACUUCUCUAAGGAUUUUCUUGUAAGAUCAUGUGGAAAAUUGUGGAUCAUGGAUCGGAUUCUUAUUAAACUUCAGAGAACAGGGCAUCGAGUACUGCUCUUUAGUACCAUGACAAAACUCCUUGAUAUAUUGGAGGAAUACUUGCAAUGGCGACGGCUUAUCUAUAGACGAAUUGAUGGAACAACUAGUUUAGAAGAUCGUGAAUCUGCGAUUGUGGACUUUAAUAGCCCAGACUCUGACUGCUUCAUUUUCCUGCUUAGUAUUCGUGCAGCUGGUAGAGGUCUUAAUCUUCAAUCUGCUGACACAGUUAUCAUAUAUGAUCCCGAUCCAAACCCUAAAAAUGAGGAACAGGCAGUUGCUAGAGCCCACCGUAUUGGACAGACUAGAGAAGUCAAAGUGAUUUAUAUGGAAGCAGUUGUUGACAAAAUCUCUAGCCAUCAGAAGGAAGACGAACUAAGAAAUGGAGGUACUGUUGAUAUGGAGGAUGACCUUGCUGGUAAGGAUCGUUAUAUGGGGUCUAUUGAGAGCCUGAUAAGAAACAACAUUCAACAAUAUAAAAUUGAUAUGGCUGAUGAGGUUAUCAAUGCUGGGCGCUUUGACCAGAGAACAACACAUGAAGAGAGACGCCUGACGCUCGAGACAUUAUUGCAUGAUGAGGAGAGGUAUCAAGAAACUCUCCAUGAUGUUCCCUCACUGCAAGAGGUCAAUCGCAUGAUUGCCAGGAGCAAAGAGGAAGUUGAAUUGUUUGAUCAAAUGGAUGAGGAACUAGAUUGGGCUGAAGACAUGACACGGUAUGACGAGGUACCUAAGUGGCUUCGAGCAAGUACUCGAGAAGUAAAUUCCACUGUUGCAGCUCUUUCAAAAAGGCCAUCAAAAAACACUUUAUUGGCUAGUAAUGUUGGCAUGGAAUCUAGUGAAGUGGGUUCUGAUUCAUCUCCAAAAACUGAGAGGAAAAGGGACGGCCCAAAGGAAGAAAGAAUCAAUUACAAGGAAUUGGAUGAUGAAAAUGGGGAAUACUCUGAAGCAAGUUCAGAUGAGAGAAAUGGAUACUCUAUACAUGAAGAAGAGGGAGAAAUUGGAGAGUUUGAAGAGGAUGAAUUUGGUGGUGCUGUUGAGGGACCACUAAUUAAUAAAGACCAAUCGGAAGAGGAGGGCCCAGUUUGUGGUGGUGAGUUUGAGUAUCCCCAGGCUUCAGAAAGCACAAAAAACAACCCUAUGCUGGAAGAAGCAGGUUCCUUGGGAUCAUCGUCAGACAGUCAAAGAUUGACACAAAUGGUAUCACCUUCCGUUUCUUCCCAGAAAUUUGGUUCCCUGUCUGCUUUAGAUGCUAGGCCAGGUUCUCUCUCAAAAAGGCUGCCAGAUGAACUAGAGGAAGGGGAAAUUGCAGUGUCUGGAGAUUCUCACAUGGAUCACCAACAAUCUGGAAGCUGGAUUCAUGACCGUGAUGACGGUGAGGAAGAGCAGGUUUUGCAGCCCAAAAUAAAACGAAAACGCAGUCUUCGGGUCCGUCCUCGUCAUACAAUGGAAAGGCCAGAGGAGAAGUCUGGCAAUGAAAUACAAUCUUUCGAGCAUGGAGAUUCAUCUCUGUUGCCAUUGCAAGCGGAAAAUAAGUAUCAAGCGCUGUUAAGAACUGACCCUGGAACAAAACCGUAUGGAGAGUCCAGUGCUUCUAAGCAUGAUCAAAAUGACUCAUCCUCAAAAAUUAGGCGAAAUUUGCCAUCAAGGAGAAUCGCUAAUGCAUCAAAAUUGCAUGCUUCGCCAAAAUCUAGCAGAUUAAAUUGUAUGUCUGCUCCUGCAGAAGAUGCUGCCGAACAGUCAAGAGAGAGUUGGGAUGCUAAAGUUACGGAUUCAAGGGGGACAAAAACAUUUGGCACUAAGAUGCCUGACAGCAUCCAGAGAAGGUGCAAGAGUGUAAUUAGCAAGCUCCAAAGGAAAAUCGGUAAGGAAGGUCCUCAAAUUAUACCUUUGCUAACUGAUUUGUGGAAGAGGAUUGAGAAUGCUGGGUACAUGGGUGGAUCGGGAAAUAAUAUUUUGGAUUUACGAAAGAUCGAUCAGCGUAUUGACAGAUUGGAGUAUAGUGGAGUGAUGGAGCUUGUGUUGGAUGUGCAGUUCAUGUUGAAAAGUGCAAUGCAUUUUUAUGGCUUCUCACAUGAGGUGAGAUCUGAAGCAAGGAAAGUGCAUGAUCUUUUUGAUAUCUUGAAGAUUGCAUUUCCCGACACAGAUUUUCGAGAAGCCAGAAAUGCGCUCUCCUUUUCGGGUACAUUUUCUACAACUUCUGCUGCUUCCCCAAGACAAGCAACUGUUGGCCCAAGCAAGAGACAGAAGUUGGUAAAUGAGGUGGAACCUGACACGUGCCUUCCACAGAAGGUACUGCAACGUGGGAAAAUAUCCAGCGGGGAAGACUCAAGAAUCAGAAGCCAUAUUCCCCAGAAGGAUUCAAGGCUUGGGGCUGGAAUUGGCAGUAGUCGGGAGCAAUGUCAGCAGGAUGAUCCUCCACUUCUUACUCAUCCAGGAGAGCUGGUAAUCUGUAAGAAGAAGAGAAAAGACCGGGAGAAAUCAGUGGUGAAGCCUAGAACUGGAUCAGUUGGCCCUGUUUCACCACCUAGCAUGGGUCGCGGUAUGAGAAGUCCAGGUCCAAGUUCAGUGCCCAAGGACACGAGACAGACCCAACAAACCACCCAUCCGCAAGGAUGGACCAAUCAGCCUGGUACUGCUCAACCGACGAAUGGGGAUGGAGGGACUGUUGGUUGGGCAAAUCCUGUAAAGCGGUUGAGGACAGAUUCUGGGAAAAGAAGGCCGAGCCAUGUAUGACUUAAUUUUAGAUGAGGUAAUGCAAAAAUUUAUUCCUAGUUAGUUCAGGUGCUUGGUAGAGGCCCUCCCAUCUUUGCCUGUACUUGAGCAAUUGGCUACUGUUAAUAAUAGAAUAGGUCUUUGUUCCUCCAUUGUAUCUCGCAGGCCCUCGCCAUGCUUCAAAAUCAAAUAGUUUUUUUUUUUUUUGUAUCUGCUCCUUGCAGAUAUUAUGGAUGGCCCCUGAUGGCUGAAACCUUUUGUAAAGUAUAGAUUUUGUUGUUUCAUACAA